AUGCUCUACGUGGAGUUCGAGUCUACUGCGAUCCGGGUGGAUUAUCUGACUGGACUGGGGAUCACAAGCACCUCAUUAAACAGCGUUUCAAUCUCGAUUUUCCAGGCUGAAGAACGUCUCGUCGCCGCGGAUGCCAUGUACGACUUCAGUCUGCAACCAGAACUUCGUAGACUUAUACUCUCCAACAGUGCCAGCGGAAGGAUGGGGAUGCCUAGAGGUAUCUUCGUCGAAGAAGAUAUGGACAUUGGCCAAGUAGAAGAGAUUCGCCCAGAAACCGGAACGAUUAUCAGGUUCUUCGCCAAGCAGGCAAGCCUCGGCCUUUGCACCUAA